AUGAAAUAUAUAAUAAAUAAUUUUAUUUUUUUGACAUUUUUUUUAUUAAUUUAUUUUUUUAGUAAAAACAAUGGCCAAACUUUAAUUGACAUUUCAAGUAAUGAUAUAAAUACCUAUAAUAAAUACUUAAUAGACAGGAAUUGUUUUUUCACUAUUAUUGUUUUAUCAUCAGAUCCAAUCAUGUAUGUAGAACCAGUAGGUGAUUUUAUUGAGAGUUGGGGAUACAUUGAAAAAUUAAGUAACUCUUCACACUAUAUUUAUUCUUUGGAUAUCUCUACAAUAAAAGGUCAACUCCCAAUAUUAAUUGGAAAUGGUUUAUUAAACAUUAGUUUGGAUUUAAAUUGUUUUGUUUUGGAAACAAAUGUUGAAAUUGUUUCAUUACCAAAUUAUUAUUCAAAAAGGUUACCAUUAGCACCAUUGAAUAUGUUUUUAUUUAAAGGUUUAAAGUAUUAUUUAAGAAAUUUUCCAGAGGAAUAUAUAACUGGGUUUACUCCAAUAGCAUUUAACUCAUUUCCAAUAACUGGUGAUUUAUAUGGAGGUGGAUUUUCAAUUCAAUUACAAUUAUUUGAAAACAAUUUACCAAUUUUAAUUGAUUAUAAUAUAACUUCAAAUUUUAUAUAUGAAGAAUUUAAUUAUAGUUAUAUAGUAAAUAAAUUUCCUAAUGUGCCAAGAGAACAAGAAAUUUUUGAAAUUGGAUAUGGGUAUUCUCCAUUAGUAACAAUUACUCUUAAAACAACAAAUGAAAAUGAUGUUGCAAUUGUAUUUUUCACAAAUAUGAAUGAUAUUGGUCCAACUCCAAUUUAUUCAAACCUUACUCAUACUACUUAUUUAACAAAUAUUGAAUUUGACCAAAAUGAUAAUACAUUUUAUGAUUCCUAUAUUAAAAAUGGUGAAGAUUAUAUUCCAUUAACUAAUGAUUCUGUAAAAAUUAAAGAAAAAGAAAUUAAUAAUAUUUUAUAUACUGGAUUUUUGGAUAGUUCAAUUCCAACUAUAUCAAAUAAUGUUUUAUUUACAAUUGGUAUUAAUUCAUCAACUCAAUAUGAUUUUUCAGAAUAUAUUUAUAAACUUUCAAAUUUUAGAGACUUUACAACACAAUUAAGUUGGCCAUACGGUUUUGAAAAAGGUUCAAAUGAUCUAUUUACACAUAAGCAUUCUUUUUUACUAACAUCAAAAUCAUUUUAUACAUAUUUUUACCUUGAAAUUCUUUCAAAAGGAGUCACUCAAUAUUAUCAAUAUAUUGAAAAUGAUUCACCUCCAAAUACUGAUAUUACAUUGAAUUCACUUGAAAUUAUUUGGUUAUAUGAAUUUAAAUUUUUAUUUAGAUUUGGAAUUAAUUCAUCAAUUCAAUUUAGUUGUAUUGAAAUUAAUAAUAAAAUAUAUAGACAAGAGAAUUUGGUUUUAUCAUCUUAUGUUUCACCACCACCAUCAACUGAACCUCCCAUUCAAACUCUUACAAGAAAUUUAUUUGAUUCAGAAAAUGAUAAUGUUUUUUAUGAAAUUGUAAUUGACACAGUAUUUUACUUCCCAAAUCAAUAUUAUGUAGUAGAUGUAUAUGAAAAUUAUAGACGUUACUAUAUUGGUGAUUAUUUAAAUAUGAAUCCAAUUUCUAAAAUUGAGCCUCCACAAAUUUUAAAAGAUGUUGACAUUUAUUCUGUUUCAAAUAUUGAAUAUUUAUUUAAUGAUGUUGAUAUUACAAAUAGUUCUAUUUCAAAUAUAAUUUAUUUUAAUUUUUCAAAUCAAAAUGUUCAAUUAAAUAGACCAAUGGCAUUAGUUUUAUUAGAUAGAGUUUCAAUAAAUAAUUUAAAAAAUACAGAUGUAGAUGAACAAAUUGGUACUAGUAAAUUAUUUUAUUCUAAAUGGAAUUCAACAAAGAAAAUGUUUCAAAUUGAAUUUACAAUUCCUGCAAAUACUCAAUCAGGAAUUUUACCAUGGUAUAUUGCAUUCUCAAGUGAAACUUUAAUUAAUGAUAGAUCUACUCAUCGUCCUGGCUUUGCUAAAUUAUCUUCACCUAUUUUUAAUUCUAAUAAUGAGUUAGAUCCUACAAGACUUUAUAGUUCAUUCUUAAAAUCAUCUGAUCAAUUAUAUGUUAAAACUGAUAACUUUGAUGCCUAUGGACCAAUCUUUUCAAAUAUUACUACAAUUGUUGAAAAAGAUUAUGUUGGUUGGAUUUUAACAAUUUCUGAUUCAAUUAAUGGAUUUAGUUAUGGUGAUAUAACUGUAAGAGGUGAAAAAGAUAGUUCAAUUUAUAAUUUUCAUUUAACACCUUCAAAUGCUUUGGGAAAUAGUGAUAAAUGGAAUUCAAAUUAUCAAUUAAUUAUAAAUUUAAAUUCAAACUUUUGUAUUAAUCAAACCUAUAUAAUUACAAAAGUAAAAUUAUUUGAUACUCAAGGAAAUAGAGCAUCAUUUUCAGUUUCUGGUUCAAUUGUUGAACCACUUGAAAAUCCAUUUAUAAACUUUCUUAAUAAUCCAGAUAUUUUAAAGGUUGAAUAUAAUUGUAUUUCUUCUUUAUCAGAUAUUGAUGGUCCAGAAUUAUAUAGUUUUGAUGUUAUUCAAACAGGUUCAAUAUUUGAAUUUUUUUUUUCAGCAAUUGAUCAACAAAGUGGAUUAAAACCAAAUCAAAGACCAAUUGUUUAUUUAUCAACUUAUCAAUUACAAACUCUACAAUGUAUUUCAGAAAUUUCAUUCUUAAAUGAAACAUUUUCAAAUUAUUCUUGUUCAAUUGAAAUACCAUAUGGAUUUGGUUUUGUUCAAGGUGGUGAAUAUAUUGUUUCAGUUUAUGGUUUCAUUAAUAAUGCUGGUUACUAUUCUGGAUUUUCAACUGAAACUUUAUAUUCUUUAGGAUAUAAUUGUAUUUUUGAUUCUAUUAAACCUCAACCAAGAUUAUUAAUAACUGGAACAAGUUCUUUUAAUGAAAAUAGUAAUGAACUUUGGAUAUUUGGUGGUGAAUUUAAUAUUCCAACAGUUAGUUUUCAAAAUGUUUCAAUCGUUUAUUCAAAUGGUGAAAAAUAUAUUCUUUCAAUUCAAAAGUCAUAUUCAUCAUCAAUUUUAAUUAAUGAAAUAAAACCAACUAGUGAAUCAUUUACUGUCCAAGUUAUAUUUUAUGAUGAAUUUAAUAAUGCUAUAAAUGAAUCAAAUAUUUAUACAGUUAAACCAAUUAAAUUAAAUUUUAUUCAACCAAAACCAAUUCCAAUUCCAAAUAAUCCAACUGUUGAAUGUAAGGGAAAUCCAGAAUGUGGUGGUGAUAAAAAUGGUUAUUGUUCAAAAUCAGUUGGAUGUAUUUGUUAUUCACCAUGGGUUGGUUUAGAUUGUUCAUCAAAGGUGAUUAUUAUACCAACACCAACACUUAAUAAAUCAGAACCAACUUUUGAAAUUCCAAUUUUAGAUAAUCAAGAUGAUAAUACUGAUGAUUUUUUAUAUAAAUCAUUAAUUUCAAUUGUAUCAUUAAGAGAAUUAGAUUUUAAUUUAAAUAUUGUAAAUUAUUAUACAUUUAAUAAUAAAUGGAAUGUUACAAAAAUUAAUUCAUACACCAAUCAAUACAAAACAGAUAUAAUUGUUUCACCAUCAAUUUUAUCAAAUAAUCAAGAAACCACUACAACAAUAAUUGUAACUUUACAAUGGUUUAAAGAUAGUAUGGAUAUUACAUUUGCAAAUCAAAAAUUAAAUAUGAAAGCAUCAAGUAUAAAAUAUACAAUUGAAAUUUCAAAUUAUCAAUUUAAAAGUAAACUUAAUCAACUUCAAUUAAUUUUAUCAGCAUCAUUUAAAUCAUCAAAUACUGAAGGAAUUUGUUCAAAUAAAGAUUUUGGUGAUACAACUUCAACUGAUAAUUCAAAUUAUAUGAAAAUUCAAAUUGGUGAUCGUUCAUUAUAUGGUAGGUUUAUUAAAAGAGCAAUUAUUGAUAAAUUAAUUAAAAGUGUUCAAAAUGAAAUUAUAAAUGAAACAACAUUAAAUAAUUAUGAAAAACAACUAAUAACUGAAAGAAGUGCAUCAUCAGAUUAUUCAUUCAUUGGAAUUACAAUUCCAUACUAUCGUGAAAAUAUAAUUCUUGAUCCUGAUUUUUCAAUUCUUUUAGAUUCUUUUAAAGUUUCAAAAUCUGAUCAAGGUUCAAUUUGUAAUGGUGAAGGUACUGAUCCUUCAAUUAAAUCUGGUUUAUCAAAUGGUCAAAUUGCUGGUAUAAUCAUUGGUGCUAUUGGUUUUGCAACUGUUAUAGUAAUCAGUGUUAUUUAUCAUUUUUGGAAAAAUAAAAGAGAUUCAAAAUUUAAUAGUCAAAUGCAAAAUAAAUUAAAAGAAAUAAAAUAA